CGCGACAAGACGCACACUACAUGCACACAUCAUAAACAGUGUACAGUUAGUGAUGAUGGUCUUAAUUAAUUUACAGCGUUUUUGGAGUAAUUUUCCGUAAAAUUCCAUAAAAAUAAGGAAGAAUACAAAUAUGUUAAUGCGUAAGAGGUUAUGAAAGGAGGUAUAUAGUUUGUUAUAAGUAUAGUAUCGUUCAAGGAGUAAACGAAACAAACAAGCGUCGGCAGUGAGUGUUGUGGUCGGUAAUUCUGUGCUCAUAGAAAUGAGAAAGUCGGCUUGAAGUGAAUCGAGAGCACGAAUGCCAGAGCGUCGACGUUCGAGGCAGUGCCAGGUUGUAAAGCAGCAACACUUGGGAAGUAACCGAAUAACGGCAACGGUAAACUGUUUUGAGUGAGCGGUUUGGUUCAUUCGUUUUCUCAGGUGUGCCAGUUGUCGUGCGUUUAUUCUAGUUAGAUCAAGCAGACAAUCAAGUCGUCGUUUUCAUAAUCCACAUCAGCUGUCUGUAAAGUGAAUAUAAAGAUAUAAAACGUCAAGGAGUUGGCGUUUUAUUCUACAAGUAAGUAUAGCUUACUAAGGAAACCAGGAUGAAUUUUACACCCUUUCCGGGUUUCACCACUGGUUCCUUGCCAACUGGAACAGUUCAUCAAUUUGCUACCAAGUUUGCACAAAACUUGACCACAGGCGGUCAAGUGGUUGGUGUUCUAUCAGGAGGUGAAGGUGGAGUUCACUACUUAAGGCCAGUUGAUCCCAAUGGAUUUGCAGUAGCAACGGCUCAAGGGAGCAAUAACCAACAUCAACAAAUUAUCACGCUACCCAUUACAGUACCUGGUAAAGAUGGUACUCAACAGCAGCAGACCGUCCAAAUUCAAGUGGUUAAUCCAAGUGUUUCUCAAAGUGGUAAUAGCGCAGAUCAACCCAAGUACCAUAUAGCACCAAUAUCAUUUGGACAAUUAUCUCAAGGUGCUGCAACAGUGUUAACUGUUGCUUACAGUCAACAAGGAGCUGAUGGGGUGCAGAUUCAAGUUCAACCACAGAAUACUGUGGCUACUACACAAACGUCGGAUCAAACAACACAAAGUACAUCAACUGUGGUAACAAGUACAGCACAGCAAACAAUCCAGCAAACUGUACAACUUCCUGGAGCGCCCGAGGGACUUACAGUUGUCGCUCAGAUUCCACAAGAUUUGAUACUUCGAGAGGCUGUUGAAGAUUCUAAAGAGGACAUUAAAGAAGGAACAACACCAGUUGCAUUAAUUAAACGUGGAACUGCCAAAGGAGGAUCAGUCAAUCCACUUCAUGAAGAACUUGUUACAUCUAUGCCUGCAGGAUGGCAAAGUGUUGUACCUCCAGGAUCUACAGUAGUAGAUUAUCUUUCUAAAAUGCCGCCACUUAGCUUACAUCAUUUCCUGAGGUUUUCUGCAGAAACAAUAAAACGUGAAUCAACUAUCGAGUCUAGUCCUCUGGGUUCUGAUGGGAUGGAUGCAUCUGGUAGUACACCCCAGGGAGAACAAGCUGUACAAAUCACAGUAGCUGGAGGUGAGACAGAAAUUAUUCCGGAUGUUAAUGAGGAGCAGGAGCCUGGUACAAAACCUAAAAGAAAGAAGAAGUACAAGAAAAAGCCACCAAAGCCCAAGAAGCCAAAGCCAGGUCAAGUUAGCAUUGUCACUGCAUUAGAUGGUACAACAUUAUUCUGUUGUCCUCAAUGUAACAUGGCGUAUCCUGAAAAAGAACUUCUUGAGCAACAUUUAAUUGGUCAUAAAAUUGAAAGAAGAUUUAUUUGUGACAUUUGUGGUGCUGGUUUAAAGAGAAAAGAACAUCUUGAGCGUCAUAAACUUGGACAUAACCCGGAUCGACCAUAUAUUUGCUCCGUUUGUAUGAAAGGAUUCAAACGAAAAGAGCAUUUAAAUCUUCAUUUUGUAAUACAUUCUGGCCAAAAAACGGAAGUGUGUAGUGAAUGUGGAAAAGCCUUUUACCGCAAAGAUCACUUGCGAAAGCAUGCAAGAUCACAUUUAGCAAAACGAGCGAAAGAAGAUCCAUUAAGUAAUGUUGAUAAUACUCAAAAUCAACAAAACAAUGAUCAACAACAAUCACAGACAAAUCAACAAGGUGAUAUACAGCAACAAGAUGCUGUACCUGAACUUCAACAAAUACAAAUACAAGUGGGUAACAUUGGGCAAGGUUCUCAAGCACAAAUCCACCAGAUUGCAGUCACUGAACAAUCUACUGUAGUUUUACCAACUGCUGCCGAGACUGGUGCAAUGGCAAUAUUACAUCAUCAACAGCAACAACAACAACAGCAGCAGCAGCAACAACAACAGCAACAGCAACAACAUUAGCAGCAAUUGACCGUCCAGAGCGAUACUGGACGGUUUUUUCGAUAUAAUCGCGAAAAGGCUAAAGGACGAGCCGCGUAGAGAAUUGAUUAUUUAUCACCUGUUCGGGAUGAUUGAAACGAGAUCAUGUUUUACGAUUUAAUAAUUCACGUAAAAAAUAACUAAUCUUCGGUAUUCUUCUUACAUCGUAAAGUUUAUAUAGAUUAAUAUUAAUAAUUAUAAUUAUAAUAUAAUAAUAACAACUAAAGAAAACAAUAUGAAAAAUGGGUACGAAAAAAAAAUACAAAAAUAUUAAAUGGCUGUUGAAUUAAAAUGCGAUAAGAAGCGUUUCCGCUAGGUGCUCUCAGACACGCAGUUCAACGAUUGAUAAAGUGUGUUUUCAGCACGAAAAUAUGUAUUUUCGUACAUGCGUACGCGUUAUAGUGUGCGUAAUUUGAUCUGACGACUCCACUUUCGCCGGCGUCACAUUGUACACCUCUUAUUGACUCACCAUCUUUUUGACGUGGUCUGACGCCAAACAGUAUCAUAUCUUGCACGUGAUUAAUGAAAUACGUAAAAAAUAUUCUUUUUUCAACAUAAAUAAUAUACUGUACAUAGAUGAUUAAAAAAAAUAAUAAUAUCAUGCAUAUUGAAUUCCUCGUUAAAUGAGGUAAUGAAAGGAUUUUUUUGAUAACUUUACAGAUCUGUGACUGAACAUUUAUUUUUGAAUGGAAAGGAAGAAAAUUUUAGUUUGAUAUUUAAACAAAAAGACAUUGAUCCUUUUUCCAUUAUUCGAUUAAAUGUAAUCAUAUAAAUUAUAUUAUUAAAAAAAAUGUUAUUUAUGAUGUUGUAUGGUAAUAUUCUUCCAGUGGCUUUUUAUUUUUAAUAAAAAGUCAUGUAUUAUUAAUUAAUUAAUGAAUUAAUUCAUUUUAUUAAAAAUUAGUUACUAAUAAUUUAAUAAAAAUAAAGAUAAACUACAAGCAUAAUCAUUAGAUUCAUGGGGCAAUUUAUAAUAAUUUCUAUUCAAGUAAUAAUUAUAACUUAAUGCAUUUGUUAUAUACGUUAGGCUUCUUUUAAUCUUUUUUCUAUUAGUUCAGUGUUACUGAUUAUAUUGCUGACAUGAAUUUUAAUGUAAAAUAAUAAAAUAUUGGUCCAUAGAAUAAACAUCAUUUAAAUGAAAAAAAAGAUAUCAAAUAAAACAAUUGCAAUUAUUGUAAUUAUAAUAAACAAUUGUAAUCAUAAUUGUGGUAGUAAUAAUAAUUAAUAUUAAUAAUGAUUAUAACAAUGAUGAUAAUAAUAACAAUAAUUAUAUAUAAAAAAAUAUUAAUACUAGCCAUAUUCAUAAAAUGAAUCAAAUCGGGUGGCGGAAGUGAGAGAUUGUCUUGAAAUUACGAAAUAACGUUAAAAAAUAUAUUAUUAAAAAUAAACUUUAUAUAAACGGCUAGAAUUUACACUUAGAAUUUAUCAAAGAGAGCGAAUUUUGUUUAUAUAUCCUUAAUUGAGAUUGACAUCUUUUUAUUUCUUACAAAAAUUACAGUAAUGGCAGUGGGUAUAGUUGUAUAGGAAAACCAGAAAAAAAUUACAAAAAA